AUGUCUUUCGCACGCCGUUGCCAACAGGUGCUUUGGGGCUUUUCGUUGAUGUCGGCUCUCAUCAACGUGGUCGCGAUCCCGUUGGGUGCCCAGAGACCGAGCGCGACCAACCCACGUAAGACGGAGUGGCAAGUAUGUUGGCCUCUGGCCGUCUGGGAGAUCGUCUUCUGGCUGGCCAUGAAUAGUUCCACGCUCGCCUCCGUGAUCGCGGACUAUGCAUUGGACAUCCAGUACAACAACUGGAAGCCCAUGACCAUCGCGAUGGUUUUUGUGGGCUGCUUGGCGCACGGACAUGUUUUCUCUCCGCCGUCUGGUGGGCUCACUGACCCCCCCCCUACCACGCAACUGUUUCCCGCAUGGCUUGCCGGAUCCCCACUCGACGUCCACAGUAUCUUCGAGGAGAAGCCCGAGAUCACUGAGAAGGUCGUUGAGGAAGAUGCCGCCCUCCGUACUGACGCUAAGGGCGCUGAACUGCCCUGA